CAGUUGACAACGCAGUUGAUCUACCGCAGCCAUCACGCGCGCUUCAGAGAAGACUGCCGCGAGAGAGAGAGCCACGCGAACAUGUCCGACUCUCUGGAACCGCCGGCCAAAAGGGCGCGGUUGGAGGCGGACGCUCCCACACAGCAGUAUGGCGCAUCCUCCACCUCUGCAUCUGCGCUGGACGCGCCUGGCUCGCCUGUCGAUGACAUGGACGACGACUUCUACGACAACACGCCAGUCAAACCCUCUGCGCUGCCUGCUGCUGUGGACGGGACGACGUCGUCGACGUUUGCCGCGGCUGCACCCGCGCCCGCCUUUCACCUUCCAGGACUCGGCUGGUCGAGCGAGGCCGCGGCCCCACAGCCUCACCCGCAGGGCAGCGCGGCAGCCCCAGAUGAAGCACCUGAAGACGGCGAGUUCUCAGACGGCGAGGCCUUCUACGAUGAUGCAAACGCGAACGCGCAGGCCGGUAUCUCAGGCGAGCCGCCUGCAGCCAAUCAAGCGCAGGCGCAGCAUGAUGCUCCACCGCACGGCAGGCCUUCAUCGCCCUCGCCCGCUGACCUGCCCGCCGCACACUUGACGUCUACCCAAGAUGCUGCCGCUGCCGCAGACUCCCCGGCCGCCGACACCGACGGCGAGCUCGACGCGGCACUGACGGCGGCCAUUGACCAGCAAAACGAGAUUGAAGACGCAGCAGCAGCAGGCGCCGCCUUUGAUAGCAAGGCCGAGUUUGUGCGCAUGGCCGAGGCCAACAGGGGCGACAAGAAUGCCGAGUGGCAGCUGGACUCGGACGCCUCCGAUUCAGACUCGGACUCGUCCUCCGACUCGAGUUCUGACGACAGUUCCGACGAGGGCGAGCUGCUGGACCCCGAGGAGCAGGCCCGCCUGCUCAUGGCCGAGGCCGCAGACGAUGCAGGUGCCUCGGGCCCCGUCAAGGUCAAGACGCUGAAUGAAGUGGAGGAAAAGUACGAGAAGCCCGACAUCACCGUCACCGAGGACACCAAGAUUACAGAACUCGGCAAAGUCGAAUCCAUUGUCGGCAACCUGGUGGUUGUCAAGGCCAAGAUGUCUGGAGACGAGCAGGUGCUCGAGUCUGGCUCGGUCCUCUGUCUGCAGGACCGCACGGUUGUUGGCAAGGUGUCGGAGCAGAUUGGCCGCGUUGAGGAGCCUCGCUACUCAUUUGGCUUUAAUGACGCUGCUGAACUUGCUACUCUAGGCAUUGAGAAGGACACGCUGAUCUACUAUGUCGACGAGCACUCGACCUUUACCGAGACGGAGCCCAUUCGCCGACAAAAACACACUGAUGCAUCGAACCUGCACGACGAAGAAACCAACGAAGUCGAGUUCUCAGACGACGAGAAGGAGGCUGAAUACAAGCGCGAGCAGAAAGCCAAGAAGCGAGCCAGGUCCGAUACCAACGACGAACAGGCCCCUGUGAAUAUACCUACUGGCCCCAGGCUACACGUGGAUGCUCACCCGCCUCCCAUUUACCGGCCAAUGGAGUACCAAGGCGGCGGUCUUAAAUACAGUGACGAUGAAGACGAGGACCUGGGCAUGUACAAACCGCUUGCUCGGCCUGACCACUUUGAGCAGAUUGUUGGCCAGGGUGCACCGCUUGAAGACCGCAGCCAUGUGCGAAGAGGCAUGGGCCGCAACAGAGGAGGUCCAUGGGGCGAUCGAGGCCGUGGGUUCCGUGGCCGAGGAGGUGCUGCUGGACGCGGCGACUUUGGUGGUGGUGGUAGUGGUGGUGGUGGCGGCAGCGGCGGCGGCGGUGGCCGUGCUGACCGAGGAGGUUAUGGCGGCGGCGGACGUGGCGAUUUUGGGGGAGGCCGCAAUGACCGCGCAGGACAACGAGCUGAUCGGGCAGGCCAUGGCAACAAUCAAGGCAACAAAGGCGGCGGCGACAAGGGCGGACGCGCGGGCAAGAAUCAGCCUGACCGCGGCAGGCAGCAGGAGCAGUUUCAGCAGAACAACCAGCAGAGGAACGGCCCCUAUCAGGAGAACCGGUCAGCCGCCUCUGCGUCUCCAGCACGCCAACAAGACCGUAGUCAAUCGUAUUCUCAGCAACCCCCCUCUCAACAGUCACCAUCUGGCGGCGGCGGUGGCGGCGGCAAGAACAAGAACCGCAAGCAACGGCAGCGGGAGAAGAGGGAGCGAGAGCGCCAGCAGCAACAACAGCAGCAGCAGCAGCAGCAGCAACAGCAGUCGCAGAAACAGCAACAGCAAAACGCUUCUCCGGCGCCUUCUGGACCCUCGAAUGCCAACGCUUAUGCGAACAACAGCGGCGCAACUUGGCCGGUGCCGUUCUCAGGCCCCUCUCAACCCGCAAUGCCGUAUGCUUCUGCUCCACCGCCGCUUCCUCCACCAGGGCCGGCAGCUUAUGCACCACAGGCGUCGUAUACUCCGCAGCCGCAAGCUGCGGGUCCGGUUCCCGGUCCACCGCAGCAACAGCAGAACCAGGCAGCGAACUGGGCAGCAUGGGCACAGUGGUUCCAGGUGGUUGGGGCAAUGAGCGGGCAGCAACCGCCGCAGCCGCAGCCGCACAUGGCAGCACCGGCACCGGCACCUCCACCGGCACCGGCUCAGGCACAGUAUCCUUACGCGUACCAGGCGUAUGGACAGAACCCGGGUCCGGCGGCGAACCCGCAGCAGCAGGGCAACGUGCAGGGCGGGGCACAGUCUCUCCAAGACAUUCUGCGGGCACUGCAAGGGGGUGGAGCGCCUCAGUAGGCCCGAGGCGUGUCAAGAUUGGCGAAGCAAAAUAGUACGGCACGCCCCAAAGUAUAAGCGGGGGAGGGGUGUACAUGUAAAAGGAUGAGCAGUGUUUGUGUGCACAGUGAGGGGCAUGGCAUGUCUGAGCUGGUCUGAUGUCAGCCGACGGCAGCGACGUGCAGACGGACAGAUGGUAGUAGUUUUCUUUUUCUUUUUUUGUUUGAAUCAAGGCACAGGCGCACAUGGCAUUGUUAGGGUGCUUCGUUGGCAGAAGGCGUGAAGAGAUUAGAAGCCGCGUGGUUGGCUAGAAGGAUUAAUGAUUGCU